AUGUCAAUUGCAUCAGUAAAGGAGCGUUUUGAACAGGUCAGUAUCUUCACAAAUCUUUUUGACUUUCUUUACCGGUCUGAGAGUCUUAUCAAAGCCUGUAAUGAAAAUUCUCUUACUGUAUUUUGCACAAAUUUGCAAACGAAGCUCGGUGAUAUAGAUUCUGAGGAUUUGGAAAUGGAGUUGAAACGAUUUGUCAUAGUUGUACAAGAGGACAAAAAUACAAACCUGAAAUCUACAUAUGACUUCCUUAACUACGUCUACAAAGAAGAGCUGCAGGAAACUUAUCCUAAUCUAGUUAUUGCGUUACGCAUCAUUCUUACUUCUCCAGUAACUGUUGCAAGUGCAGAACGUAGCUUUAGCAAGUCAACAAUGGUCGAUGAACGUUUGUCUUCCCUAGCAAUGCUGUCAAUCAACAACGAGGUGGCAAGGAAAUUAAGUUAUGAAGGCUUAAUAAAUAAGUUUGCAAGUAUGAAAACACGACGCAAACCUUGUUUUUGA